AUGGCCCCCCAGGCCUCAUCAGCGCUGAAGCAGGCUGGCAAGGUCGUCUGCAUCGGCCGCAACUACGCUGAUCACAUUGCGGAGCUCAACAACAUGAAGCCCAAGCAGCCCUUCUUCUUCCUCAAGCCACCCUCCUCCAUCGUCCUCCCCGGCGAGGGCGCGUGUCUCAGGCCCAAGGGCAUCGUGAUGCACUACGAGGUGGAGCUGGCACUCGUCAUGGGCAAGCUGGUGCGCGACCUCAAGGCGGACGACGCCCAGGGCGCGCUGGCGGCGAUCCAAUCGUACGCCAUCGCCAUUGACAUGACGGCGCGCAACGCGCAGGACGAGGCCAAGCGGAAGGGUCUGCCGUGGGACAUUGCCAAGGGCUUCGACACAUUCCUUCCCAUGAGCCGGGUGAUCCCCAAGGCGGCGAUUGCCGACCCGCAGGACGUCGAGCUCUUUCUGCAGGUCAACGGGGAGACGCGCCAGCAGGGGUCGACGAAUCUCAUGAUCUACCGGAUCCCGCGCAUCCUGAGCGACAUCUCCAAGGUCAUGGCGCUGCACCCGGGCGACGUUGUCCUCACGGGGACGCCGGCGGGCGUCGGCCCCGUGCAGCCGGGGGAUGUCAUGAGGGCAGGUGUGCGCGUUGGGGGGAGGGAGAUUGAGGAGGGCAAGAUUGACAUUGCGGUGGAGGAGUCGCCAAGCUCGUACGCGUUCCACGAGACAUAA